UCUUUGGGACAGCCUACUUUUUUAUUUAAAAAUAUAUAUAAGAAUGUACACUUAGACUUAGUAUUAUUUUUAAAAACUCAGUUAUUUAAAAAAUAAAAAUAAAAUGAAAUCUUAUUAAGGCUACUAUAAUUUAAAGCAGAUUUGACGGUACACAACCCCUUUCUUUCGCACUGACAUGUACGGCCAUGUUGGCUUUUCUACUGCCACCUCAAGUUAGAAGCGCAGAAAUACAGGUUAAAAUAUACAGGGGAAGAAAAUCACCAGCAGGGGUCGCUGUUCAUUCGUUUGAAACUAUGUAAAACAAUAAAAACGCGUAUUGCUGUUGAAAUGUUACAAGUCUUGUUUAAAAUAAUAUUGUGCGAGGCAAACCAGGUUUAUAGUGGGAGGCAGUAUUUCCACAGGCAUAUAGACUAAUUUAAUUGUAAGAAACCGUUGCAAAAUACCAAACCCCGUGUUUUCUACAAGAAAGAGAUCUUCUAACCAGGUUUUACGUUGUCGUUAACUUUAAAUACAAGUGACUUUCAGACUUUUCAAAUAAACUAACUUUCAGGCUAUAUUACACAAAUUGAUCUGGCUCUAAACACCAGCCACCUCUUACCGAGCUACACUUAAUAUGACAUUGUAUGAGGAAGUGUUUCCGGGUCUCUCUUAGCAGCACUGUAAGAUGGAGGCGCGGGGAAGAGCGCAUUGACUGUAAAAGUUCGCUUUAAUAUAAACUUUGCAUGUAUGAAAUUACUGCGGGAAAAUACAGAAGGAUUAUCUCAGUCGCAAUUAUAAACCCCGGACAACAACCAGAAACACUUCGGUUCGAAUGCUGAUGAAAAACUAAGCGUUGGGGAGUUCUGCAGGUCAGGGUUGCAGAAAGUAAUUUAGAGCAAAUAAAGUAUACAGUAGUCAUCGAUUUCACAGGACAGCACUGACCAAUUGAAACCUCUAAACAAGAAAACCCUACGGUUUUUUGUCAAUGGCAUUUGGAACGUGCAUGCGGUUAAAUUAUAUUUAAUACCAGUUUUAGUAACUAAAACAAAUAACAUAAAGAAUACCCAACCAGCUGUCUCCAGCGUGUCGCUGCUAGUCUAAAGGCACAAGCAGAGCACAAUUUAAUUUGAAGAUCUUCGUGUAGUAAAUAUAAACAUAUUAUGGUAGGUAUUUGUUAGACUAGAGCUAGCUAUAUAUUUAAAAUUGCAAAUUAUAAAUACAAUAUAAAAUCUGCUGUGAUUAGGCGGCGACUUGGAACAAAAUGACCUUAGAAGGCUAUGAAAGACAUUAUGACUCUCUGAACUCGGAUUUUGGGAGUGAAUUGGAUGGACCCGGGCCUCGAUCUGGUUCUGGGAGUUUCAGUGGGGAGCAAGAGAAGUUACAUUAUAUCCCGAUUCGAAUCCUGGGACGUGGCGCGUUCGGAGAGGCCACACUGUACAGAAGAUCAGAGGAUAACUCUUUGGUAGUAUGGAAGGAAGUGGAUUUGAACAGCCUUUCCGAGAAGCAGCGAAGGGAUGCCAUGAACGAGAUUGUUAUCCUGUCUGUUCUGCAGCAUGAUAACAUCAUAGCCUACUACAACCACUUCUUGGACAAGAACACCUUACUGAUUGAGCUUGAAUACUGUAACGGUGGAAAUCUUCAUGAUCUAAUUAACCAGCAGAAAGGGAAGCUCUUCACAGAAGAGACUAUGAUAUGGUACUUUUACCAGAUAGCAUCAGCUGUGGCUCACAUACAUAAAGCUGGCAUUCUUCACAGGGAUAUCAAGACGCUGAAUAUUUUCCUCACCAAAGCAAACUUGAUUAAGCUAGGAGAUUAUGGACUGGCCAAGCAGCUGGGUUCCCAGUAUUCCAUGGCGGAGACUUGUGUAGGAACCCCUUAUUACAUGUCUCCGGAGUUGUGCCAGGGAGUGAAGUAUAACUAUAAGUCAGACAUCUGGGCCGUGGGCUGCGUUGUGUUCGAACUUCUCACUCUGACGAGGACGUUUGAUGCAACGAACCCUCUGAACCUGUGUGUGAAGAUUGUGCAGGGGAACCGGACCAUGGAGGCGGAUCCUGACGUGUUCUCUGCUGGCUUGAUUCAUCUGGUGCACCAGUGCCUUGACCAGGACCCGGAGAAGAGACCCACAGCUGAGCAGAUCCUGGAGCAGCCAAUCAUCCUCACCCACAGGCAAGAGUUGGACGAUAAGGUUUCUCUGCUCAAUGGACCUAAUAAACGACCAAGGCUGAGUACAGCGAAUGAGACCUCCAUCGCCGUGGUAACGUCUCGCUCCAGCGAGGUUUAUUUCUGGGGGGGAGGGAAGUUCACACCCCAGAAGCAGGAUGCCUUCAAGGGGGGGUGUAGCGCCCAGCAGGUGUGUGCUGGAGAGACUCACUUUGCCGUGGUGACAGUCGAGAAGGAGCUCUACACCUGGGCAAAUGUGCAGGGUGGUACGAAGAUGGUCGGACAGCUGGGCCACGGAGACCAGGCCUCCUACCGGCAGCCGAAGAGAGUGGAAAGACUGCAGGGGAAAGCCAUCCGACAGGUGGCCUGUGGGGCCGAUUUCACUGCUUGCAUCACUGAUGAAGGCCAGGUGUAUAUGUUUGGCUCGGACUACUAUGGAUGUAUCGGAGUGGACAACCAGCAGGGGUCGGAGGUCCGGGAGCCAGUUCUGCUGGACUUCUUCCUGUCCAACCCAGUGGAGCAGUUGUCUUGUGGGGACAACCAUGUGGUGGCUCUGACCCAGGACAAGGAUGUUUACUCCUGGGGCUGCGGGGAACACGGUCGCCUCGGACUGGAUUCAGAAGAUGACUGGGCCACUCCUCAGCAGGUGGAUGUGCCCAAGAGUUUAAGCAUUUCUUCAGUGCACUGCGGCUCAGACGGGACUUUUUUCUUGACUCAGUCGGGGAAGGUGCUGGCAUGUGGGAACAACGAGUUUAACAAACUGGGUCUGAACCAGAGCAUCUCUGGGAUCAUGAACCACUCUGCUGAGGUUUACCAGGAGAUCCCCUACACCACCUCCCUUACUCUAGUGAAACAACUCGCCAGAUUCAAAAUCCGAUCCAUCUCUCCAGGCAAGACCCACGCUGCUGCUAUUGAUGAACGAGGCCGGCUGCUGACCUUUGGCUGUAAUAAGUACGGACAGCUUGGAGUGAGAGAUUACAAAAAGCAUCAGGAUGUCAACCUCCUGGUGGGUCCCUUUGGGGGCAAGGAAGUCACCAAGGUGUCCUGUGGAGAUGGCUUUACCAUGGCUGCAACAAAGGAUAAUCAGAUCUUCGCCUGGGGAAAUGCUGGGAAUGGUCGUCUGGGAAUGCCACCGGCUAAAGGGUACGGCUCAGAAGUUUGUCCGGCCCUUCCCCGUCCCAUUUUUGGCACCUUGCACCACGUUCCAGACCUGUCUUGCCGUGGCUGGCACACAAUCCUUAUAGUUGAGAAGGUUCUGAAUUCCAAAACGAUCCGUUCAAAUAGUAGUGGGCUGUCUAUAGGAACUGUCGGCCAGGGCUCAGUAGCAGAAGUGGAGAUGGAGAGUGAGUCGGACUUGGAGCCCCUGGAACAGCACAGAGGUUCGGGGGGCACAGUGGAGGCAGACGCAGGGGUGCGCAGGCUGGAGACCCCCACAGACUCUCUCGCCAACAUGACUGAGAGCUCAUGUCCUGACUGGCUGCUCAGGGAGCUUGAAGAUGCAGAGUUCAUCCCGAUGCCUAAGAAUGCAGAGGGCUUCUCUCCAAUGGAUUUGUCAGUCUCUGGGCCUGAGAAGGCUACACUCCCUUACGAUGAGCUGCAAGGGCUGAAGGCCGCUGCAGAACCACUGGCAGAGAAAGGACUCCCGACUGCUCGUGUUGGUUCAGAGAAAGUGAAUGGCGUCAGCGAGGAGCCAGCCACGUGCAACAUGUGCAGCACGUCUCAGUGGGAGACGCAGCAGCAGAAAUUACAGCAGGAAAAUAUCCAAAUCUGUGCAGAGCUGCAGAACCUGAGGAGGGAGAUCAGUGAAGUGUCUCCGUUGAAAGAGACUGUAAGAAGACAGGAAGAAAUUAUUCAGGUGUUACAGAAGCAGUUUAGUGAUCUGAUGACAGAAAACGAGAAGCUUUGGAAGGCAAUUGAGACUCUUAAACUGAGCGAUUCAGGGGCUGAUCAAAAAAACCAAGAAUCUGCAAGGUGCAGUGCUGAAACCAACGCUGCACACGGCACACAGGCAGACGUCUGCCAGUAGCCUGGGUCUUAGGUUGAUCUGUUGUUACAGAUUGGGUGACGUUGGAUCCUGUCCGAUUUUAACACACAUCUACACGGCACAGCUGUCCUAGCUUCGGUUCGGUAGCAGAGAAAGACGGGGUUGUCUUUUCUGCAGCAUGAGAGCACCUCGGAUGUAUUUUUGCAAGGUGGGAUUUGCUGAUGCGUGUGACUGAAAUGAAAGAUUACAGAAGUACAGAGGUUUUCACCAGUCAAUAACAAAGUGUAGUUAUUUUGAUCGUUUGGAUACGUUGAGCUUUUAGCGUGGCAGAUGGCCGAGCGAUGGUUAGAUUAUACAGUGUUAGCAAGUUUGGAGUUGGAAAGGGCUCUUCAUAGAACCAGAAACAAAGAUAAAAUGUAUGGGUUUUUUUGUUGUUGUUUUUCCUCAUUUGUUAUAAACUGCAUUUCUUAAGUAAAACGUUUGGUGGAAUCCCCUGUAUAUAGAGGAAGGAUGAAAUAAGUUAUCCACACACACAAGAAAACGAUAAAGAAGGUAAAAACAGCAAGCACCGCAUUUGAGGAACACAAUCAUAUUUUAGGGAAGAGGUAAAGAAAGUUUGCAAGGGUUACUUUUUAAAAAGGAAAAAAAUCUUUAAUAGACAACCUAUCUUAAACUGUACACGAGUUACUGUGACAGGUUUUGUAGUGUACAUGCUUUAAGGUGGCUGUUGUAUAGUCAUUAGCAGAUUUAGUUGUUUCUGCCUGGGCUUGUUUUUUAACUAUGAAUGUUUUAUGACUUUUUACAGAUUUUACUGGUGUGAUGGUAAUUGACUUUUAAGGUUAAAUGGAAUCAUAAAGUGUGAAGCAUUUAUUUUGUAUCCAUUGUUAAAAGAAAUUGUGACUGCAGUGUCAACCAAACGUGUAACAGACUGGCUUAUUUAGUUUUACUAUCAGCCAAGAAUAUUGCAUAUCUCACAGUGCUGAUUUGUUUGAAUUGCAUGAUAAGUGAAGACGCUACUUCUCUGAGGAGUCUUGUUCAAUAAGAAUUUUCAGUUGGUAAAUGAAACCACACACAGUUGUUGCAUUUAUCCCACCAUUGAUUUAAGUGUUUACUCUUUUUUGAUCUUCAAAUGAGUUACCACAGGUAGUAUUUACAACAAUUAAAAUGCCUAUAAUUAAUGUUGUGCUUUACAUUUCAAGUGUUUAUUGCUUUAUAUGUCUAGCUAUUACAGUACAGUAUAGUCAAUAUGUCUGCUUUCAUCCAAAGAAAACUCCUGCCUACACAUUUUUCUUAUUUUUUGUAGUUUUCACGGUUCUGGGGUGUUUCUCAAAAUAAUUAGUGGUGAUAAUAUACAGGUUAUUUUCCCAAAUCAUGUAAUUUACUGUAAUGAUGCAGAAAUGUCAGUUAUAUUUUCUUAGUCAAGGGGCCUUUCUUCAACUCUUGGUUAAAUAUUGUUUAGGAAAAUGUGAUUGAAUGCCUAGAAACAAAUACAUAAAGUUUAUCUAGGUUUUUGUUUGUUUGUUUGGUUUAAUGCUGUACUGUAGAAAACUAGCUGUGAAUUGAUAGUCUUAUUAUUAUUAUUAUUAUUAUUAUUAUUAUUAUUAUUAUUAUUGUUAAUUCUUUAGCAGACGCUUUUAUCCAAAGCAACUUACAGAAAAUUGAACAAUAUAUAAAAGCAAAUUUACAGGCAAUAAAAAUGAAAAACAAACAUGUAUACAAUACCGUAUAUACAAAAUAAUUAGAAAAUAGAAAAAGAUAUAUAAAUAGGAAUUACAAAUAAAGAUUGAAGAGUCACCAUCUUCUCAAAAGUGGGUUUUGAGAAGAUGGUGAGAAGCAGUAAAAGACUGAACAGUCCAGAGUAUAACCGGUUUAGUAAUUUGGACACAAAAUGCGUGUGCCAGAGAGUGUGAAAUGGCAGGCUAACUGGACUACUGAUAUUUAAAGUGUUGAAACAGUCAUUUUUUUCCCCAGUUGCCUUGUUAAUCUUGAAAUAGGACUGAUUGUAGAGCACAUAUAAAUAAAUGUAUGGGGGAGGGGCUAUGGAUCAUGGUGAUUGAUAUAGAUAUAUAUAAUUUUUUUUUUUUCAUAAAUAAUUCUCCGAGAAUGUUUUUACAAAACAAAAAAAAAGCAUUGUCACUUUUUCCAGAUACCUUCAACUGUUACUGUUUUGAACAGAUUGCUAUUGAAAUGUAUUACCAUGCUAAAGGACAAAAUUAUCAUUUAAAGCAAGUAUAGGGAUUGAGUUCUGGACUGUGAUCAUUGGUUUGUGUUACUAUUAAUUCAUUUAACAUGACAUUUUUUUUUAUUUUGCUACAUCCCAAUAUUUAAAUGUCAUUUUUUAAAAUAUAUAUAUUUACACAUAAAUAAUACUGUAUGUAUUUACCAACCCCAAAGUAUAAGUGCCUUUUAAUAAAGAGUGAUAUUUAAGAACACAUGAAAACAUUACAUUUUCUUGUUAUUUUGAAGUUCAGGCACAGUAAUUAGUUAUUUUAACAAAGUUUCAUGUAUUUCUGAAUGUCCAAAUAGUUGAAGGGAACUGUAUGUAGGUACUUCUGCCUUUUAAAGUGCUGUCUUUAAGUUCCAAAAUAACUUGGUAAUCAUUGUUUUUUUUUUCUAUUUUAUCUGGUGCCUGUUGCAUGCUUUAAAAAUAUUUGAUUUUUACAACUUCUCCUGGCCUGAGGGGUUAACAGUGUUUAUAAAUGUAAUUUUCUUGUGUAUUUGCUGAGCAUAUCUUUGGUUUUUGUUUUUAGUGGAUGUGUAAUUCCACGGUCAAGCCUUAAGUACUGCAACUUUGCUUACACACAAUAUACUGUUGUGUAAAGCAUUGUCUUUGAUCAUGUGUGUGUGUGGUGUGUAAAUAAAUUAAACUUUUAAAAGCA